CGCGUCUGAGAAAAAGCAAGAUGGCGACUGUGGCGGAGCUACACCGUGACCUGGAGUUAGCUCGGGAAGGGCUGAAAUCUGUAGAUGAAAACAUCAAUAAACUUACUGGUAGAGAUCCUUCGGAGUUCAGGCCAGCGGCAGGACGGCGAGUGUCACUGAAGAGAGACUUCACAGAGAGGAACAUGGGAGUUGGACAAGGACCAGCAACUAAACGACGUGAUUCUACUGGUGCACAGGGAAGACUCUGGAGCCGAGUGGUGAGAACAAGGACUUCACAAGAGCUGACCCGCCCUUCCUCGCGUCUGGAUAGUGAAGGCGAAGAAGAUGAGGAUGACACAGAUAAGCCUGCUAUCCAGUCAUCAGUUGUAGCCACACCCACACCAUCUCGCCUCAAGAGAGACGCCAUCACAAAAACAGAUGACAAAACCAAGUCAAGAAAUAAGAGAAUGUUCGGCAUGCUGUUGGGAACUCUACAAAGGUUCAAAGAUGACAGCGCUCAGAAAACAGAGAAGGAAAUAAGGAGAGAGGAAAUCAACAAGAAGCUUGAAGAAGCUGAACAGAAAGAGAAAGAAGAACUGUCUUCUCAAAGAAAAGAAUUAUUCACAGAAAGAAGAGCAAAGCAAGCAGAACUUCGAUUGUUACAGAGAAAAGUUGAUAUGGCUGAAUUGCAAGAAGAAUGGGAUAAACAUGGUGAAAAAUUGAGUCACUUCAUCAUGACCAAAGCCAAUCCUCCCAUCUUCUACCUUCCAGCCAAACACAAUGACAAGACGCAGAAACUCUUGGAGGAAUCUACAAGAACUGUGAAAAGAGCAAUGGCUAAAAGAAGAGCAGAAAUAGAAGAGGAACAAGAACUAGAAGAAGAGCAAAUGAAGAAUGCAAGGUUGUCUGUAUCUAAUGAGGGUGAGAUUGAGAGUAAGGGGGGAAGAGUUGAAAGCGCAGAUGGUGGUGGGGAUGUGGAAAUGAAGGGGGAGAGUCCAGAAGAAGUAUCUGGGAGACAAAGAAAGAAAAGUGAGAGUAAAGAUCCUGAGAAUGGGGUUAAAGAGGAGAGGAAUGUUCAGGAAGAGAGACAAGCAGUAGGGGUGGAAAACAUGGAGGAAGAUGAGGGAGAGAUAUAAUAGUUGGAAGUCAGAUCUAGGAGAAUGUGACUAGUUAAAUAUUAGCAGUGCCAAGAAGACUGCUAGUUUCCCUUGCAUACCAUCUCUCUGCGGUUAGAAUUGAUGACAGUUAACUCUAUCAACAUAAUUUUGAGCCAUAUAUGUCUUUGUCCCAUCUGCUUGCUCUAAUCUUUUAUUUUUUCUGUUAAUGCAUACUGUGAUGUCUCUCUUACAACUUCACUUCUUGGCUCGUUUGUUCUUGUAAGAUCUUAGAAUGAAGUUUCUUUUGAAAAUUGCCUCACGGUAAGUGACUAAAAUAAAGUUAGACUCCUGUCAUUGUUAAAAUACUACUUGGGAUUUACAAUAAAUCCAAAAAUUCAAGAGAAAUGAACAAUUACACCACCGCUAAACUGAUGAAUUUGGAAUUUAGAGACACAAAAUUCUCUGAAUCACAAAGCAAGCUGUACAGUGUGUAAAACCUGUCUUCAGGAAUGGAAGAUACCUGUUUCCAGAAUCAGAAAGACUGGGUUGGUUUGGCUGUUGCAGUGAAUUUUUGAGUUAAGAUUUGACAGAGGUGAGAUGUGAACAGAAAGUCAGGCUUGUACUACUCAAGUGUAGAUUUCCUUUUCCCAGCAGAUUUGGAAAGGUGAACGCUUAUCAGAUAUUCUUGGUUAGCUUUCACCCUAUUAGGUUUCACCCUUUGUUUUCUGUUUGCUUAGCCCAUAGGAAGGUAGUAUGGAAGCUUUGGAAUGAGUGUUGUGUGUGAUUUCAGGCAGAGUAUGUUGUGGUGUUUAUAGAAUCAAACAUAGAGAGAGACACACAUAGAUUUCUGUAAGCAUUUAUGGAAGCAUUUCAAAUAUUUCAUUUUUGAUUGUCUUAUUCCUUCCAGUUUUGAGUUCUAGCUUUUAGUGACCUACAUUGUAAGUGAACUUAAGUUUACAGUCGUGAGUGUGUUUAUGCUAGUGGUGCAACCAUUCUGGAUGUGGUGCACGUCAUGGAAGAGAACUUCAGUCAUCAACCUUUUUGUUUUUUGUAAUCUGGCUUAUCAAUAAAAUGCUGUGUACUGUGAGACAUAAAAAUCACUAAAAUUAUAUGCUCUGUAAUAAUCCUUGCCUUUUUAUGUCGAAAAACAAUGUUGGAAAUAACUAUUAAAAGUUUGCAGUCAUUUGCUUAUUUCUUGUGAAUAAAACCUUAAUAAACUAUUAAUA